AUGUGUGGUUGCAUUCUGCAUCUUCGAAAGGCACUUCCGAAGUCGGACAAUUUAGAGUGUUUCAACUUUUACUUCAACAGAUUAUACACUAAGAUCAAUAUGAGGAUACGUACAACGCUUGCAAGCAUCAUCAAUAUUGCAUAUACUAUCAAUCAAGUGUUUGCUCUCCCAACUAGGGAGAAUUCAAUUGACAUCUUGAAUAAUCAGAUCCCACUUCAGAUUGAUGUGGUACCCAAUAUUCAGGAAGCUGCUAGAGUAGCUAGAACAUUAGUGUCUAGGGAAUCCCUAGUCAAUGUUAAUACUUUCCAAACUCUAGAGUCAAAUUCUGAAGUCUCUCAAAUACCUGUGUCUUCCAUGGAAUAUUACGCAGAUUGUGAUGGUGACGGAGAUCCUUAUUGGCUUGUGGUGGAUAUUGGAUCUACUUUCCGAAAUAUCGAGAAGGGCUCUAGCUACACAUUCACUAUUCGGGUAGGAGACCAUCCUUUAGGUGAAGACGUGGACCCAUCUUAUCCAGGCAGUAUUAAGCAUUCGCCCGCUGGUUCACCAAGAAUCAAUUUGAGAGGGAAGUUGAAAGAUGUGACGUUUGAAAAUCCGUCUGAACAACUCAAAUUGGAAGCUUGUUUCUUGAAGAGGCAUCCAGAUGCAAACGCUUGGCUACCACGAAAUAAGAUCAGUCCUCAUAAAUCACAUUGGGUAAAGUUUAUCGUUGAUGAGGUUUAUAUGGUUGGGGGAUUCGGUGGCUUAGGUUAUAUUGGAACUAUAAAAGGAGAUCUUUAUCAUAAGGCAGAGAUAAUCGAAUCAAAUUAG